AGUACAUGGGCUGCAUCGAAGAAGCCAUAGAGAUGGAACGUAAUUUAUAUACAGAAACAUGCAAUAUAUAUGCCAUGCAAUAUAAUCUUAAAAAACAGAGGGCCCUCUGUUUAUACACUUGUCAAGUAGUUGAACCUCGUACCUAAUUGGCCCCCUCUCCCUCUAUCCACGGCGGCACUUAGUGAUUUAUCUGUCCAUUAUAUUAUAGUCCACUGCUUAACCACCGGGUCACACAUUUCAACUUCAAUCAAUUUACCAUUGCCAACUUCAUUGACAAAUCCCAAAACAACGACAACCAAUGAAGAUCUUCAGUUGGGUUCAGCGUAAACUUAAUCAGAAAGAUGGAUUAUUUGAUCGGAAUGUGAAGAAAGAUGAGGUGAAAAUUAACAAUGCGAAUAUUGGGGACACACAAGUUCUCCUUCAAGAUGCCUCUAUGGCACAUUUGUUGGAUAGCUGGAAAGGAGGAAUUCUCACAAUCGGUACAUUAGGAUUCGACCAGCUAAUAAAAGAUCAAAGUUGUGACCUAGACGACGAUUUUAUUGAUGAAGAAUGUGAAAUUACAAUUAAUGAUCAUGAGGAAGAUCAAGAAGAGCUAAACCCCUUGAUGUAUGCAAAUGGACAUGAACAAAGUCAUGAGGCACCAAAAGCAAAUGUGAUUAUGGGCAUUGAUGGAAACACACUUGCUAGAAGAUUAACUGAUGAUGAUGAUGAGUCAAACAACGGCAGCAAGAAGGAAAGGAUCACAUUGGCAGAUUUGUUCUCAGCUGAUUUUUCUGAUAAGAAGAAAGUCCACCUUCCGGAUUUGAACGUGACUAAUAAGAAAACGUCGAAACCCCAAAUGAAACUUGGAGUUUCUUUUGCUAAGAAGUUUAUUCCGCGAGUCCGGGAGGAUUCUCGUCCCAUCCUCAAACUACAACAAUUGAUGACUAGGGCGUUGAAAAGGAAGGUUCAUCCAGACAUGGAAAGCAAGAAUCAUAAGAACAGUCGGGUGAUUGGAGCAGCUGCUGCCAAUAUGCUCGAGCUUUCCCAUGUCACCUCCGAAUCUAUUUCGCUACUGGAAAUACAAGAAACCACUGCCUAAGCUGUGAGCUCGAUUCUAAUGGCUUUGAAGAGAAGCACUAUUAAUUAUUUUGUGUUUGUCAAGUUGUAAUUGCUUUUCAGCUAAUGACCAUAUGUACCUAUUGGUGAAAGUCAUAUGUUGCGAACAGCUAGACCCCCUGAAUUCUACGAUGUUAAGUGGCUUUUGGUCUUCGUUAAAACAAGAUGGUUAUAAUAAAUGAAGACUUUUGUAACCGA